AUUUCAUUGUAUAAUUUCAUGAAAUUAAAAAAACUUUUGCAGUGAUCAUGCAUGACAUGAAACGUUGUGAAAAAAAUACGAAGGCGUUUUAAAAUACCUAAAAGAUUUACAUGCAUGCAUGCAUAAAAAAAUUAAAGCAUUUGUUUAUAUUUGAGUAAAGAAGCCUUAAAUAGUAUCACUAUUUUGGUGUGCCUACUACGCUGUGUAUAACGCCGCUAGCCGUCUGUAUUAUUUCACAUAGUACAUCAGAAAAAAUGGCGAGACUGGAACUACUCCAAUCAUUAAAUGGCCACAAGGGCAUUGUCUGGAAUGUAGCUUGGCACCCGCAGGGUAAAAUAUUUGCAUCCUGUGGCGAAGACAAAACAAUAAAAUUGUGGAGCAAAGAAGGAGCUGAAUGGAAGACUAAGACAGUUCUAGUAGAUGGACAUCAACGCACAAUCAGACAAGUAGCUUGGUCACCUUGUGGGAAUUUUUUGGCUUCAGCCAGCUUUGAUGCGACUACUGCUAUUUGGGAUAAGAAAAGUGGUCAGUUUGAGUGCAAUGCCACUUUAGAAGGACAUGAGAAUGAAGUUAAAAGUGUUUCGUGGUCUCCGUCUGGUCAGCUGCUGUCGACAUGUGGCAGAGAUAAGUCAGUGUGGGUGUGGGAGGUGGCUGGUGAAGAUGAAUAUGAAUGUGAAUCUGUUCUAAAUGCACACAAUCAAGAUGUCAAGAAAGUUGUUUGGCAUCCCUGUCUAGACAUAUUGGCUUCAGCCUCCUAUGACAACACUGUCAAACUUUAUAAAGAGGAUCCAGUAGAUAAUGAUUGGACAUGUAUUGCUACACUUCAAUCACAUGACUCCACUGUAUGGAGCUUGGCCUUUGAUAAAACAGGAGAGAGGCUCGCUACUUGUAGUGAUGACAAAACUGUUAAAAUUUGGAAGGAAUAUAAACCAGAUAAUCAAGAAGGUGUUAUAGUGACUGAUAAAGAAUCAAUCUGGAAAUGUGUUUGUACUUUAUCAGGAUAUCACUCUAGAAGUGUCUAUGAUAUAGCAUGGUGCCACAAAACUGGCUUGCUGGUCACAGCAUGUGGUGAUGACAUAAUUCGAGUUUUCAAAGAAUCUGAGGAGUCUGAUCCUAAUGCACCAAUAUUUGAGCUCAUUUGUAGCAAAUUGAAUGCUCAUGCCCAAGAUGUAAACUGUGUCACUUGGAAUCCAAAUGGCAAUCAAGAAUUACUGUCAUGUAGUGAUGAUGGAGAAAUUAGAAUAUGGCAGUUUAUAGAAUAAUUUGUAAAACUAGUAUUGGGUUUUCUUUUAUCUGUUAUUUGUAUAUAUAAGUAGUAUAUAUAGUUGAUGGGAAUCAAAAUUAUUGUUUACAAUAAAUAUAUUUUCAAAA